CCUACAGCAUCUGUGGCAGAGUGCGCUCCCAGACGCUUCUCUUAAGGAAGAACUCCCCAGCAUCAUAUAGGGAAGAGUGAUGUGAUGGCCGUGAGAUUCCACAAGUCUAUGCGCAACUUCAAGGAUUGUCCUACUUUUUUCUUUCUCUUUUUAAGACCAUGUUGUGUUUCCUUAUUCAUUGUGCACCCUAUGAAGAGCAUUAACUAUCCCUCCCUCCAAUCCUAUUGAAAAGGCUCGGAAAAAACAGAGGGAGAUGAGAGCAGCAAAUCCCUUUUUUAUUCCCCUCGUAGCGCUCAAUAAGAGAAGAAUGUGUUGCCUAUCAGUCACCGAGGGGAUCAAGUCUUCGGGACUGUCCCACGCGUUCAAUGCGCUGUGCAGAGCAUCACUAAGCGAGACACAGUGAGGAGGGCAGCAGCAGCAGUAGCAUCCUGCCUGGACACUUGCCGACAUUUAACAUCCUGUCUCCUCUCCAUACUCAAAUCACUAAAGUCUGUGCGUCUUUACCUCAUCUUUACGGAAGAACUGCGCUUGUGAGGAGUGGACGCAAUGAAGAGCCUGGUGCUGCUGCUGAGUGUCAAAGCGGCUUGCAUCCUGCUCGUGUCCUCGCUCUCGGGCACUGGGGCCGUCAACAACAGUGGCCGGUGGUGGGGGAUUGUCAAUGUGGCUUCAUCUUCCAACCUGCUCACUAACUCCAAGAACGUACAGUUGGUCUUAGACCCCAGCCUGGCUUUGCUGAGUCGACGCCAGCGGCGACUGAUUCGGCAGAAUCCUGGCAUCUUACACUCCAUUGCUGCUGGGCUGCACACUGCCAUAAAAGAGUGCAAGUGGCAAUUCCGCAACCGCCGCUGGAACUGCCCGACCACCCACAGCCCGGCAAUAUUUGGCAAAAUUGUCAACCGUGGUUGCCGGGAAACUGCAUUUGUAUUUGCCAUUACAAGUGCAGGGGUGACCCAUGCUGUGGCCCGCUCCUGCUCAGAGGGGGCCAUAGAGUCAUGUACGUGUGACUAUCGUCGCAGAGGUCCUGGGGGGCCAGACUGGCACUGGGGAGGCUGCAGUGACAAUGUGGACUUCGGCCGCAUGUUCACACGAGAGUUUGUGGACUCAAGUGAGAAAGGCCGGGACCUCCGCUACCUCACCAACCUCCACAACAACGAAGCGGGCAGAUUGACAGUGUCAUCAGAGAUGCAUCAGGAGUGUAAAUGCCAUGGCAUGUCAGGUUCUUGUACUGUGCGUACCUGCUGGAUGCGCCUGCCCAACUUUCGCACAGUGGGAGACUUCUUAAAGGAUCGCUUUGACGGGGCAUCCAGAGUAGUUUAUGGCAACAAGGGGAGCAACAGAGCCUCUCACAGAGCUGACCCACGACAUUUGGAACCUGAAAACUCAGCUCAUAAAGCUCCUUCUGCCAUGGACUUGGUGUACUUUGAGAAAUCUCCAAAUUUCUGUUCCUAUAAUGGGAAGACUGGCACUCUGGGCACCUCUGGAAGAACAUGCAACAGCUCCUCUCCUGGUCUAGAUGGCUGUGAGCUUCUGUGCUGUGGCCGUGGAUAUAAGUCUCGGACAGAGAGUGUGACAGAGCGUUGCCACUGCACUUUUCACUGGUGCUGUCACGUCAGCUGCCUCAACUGCACCAGUACACGGACAUUACACCAGUGUUUAUGAUUUCGAUUCUCUUUUUUAUCAACUACUAAGAUCAUCUUAAUAGUUAAAUGUGUGGUGGACUGCCAUGGCCUCUAAUGUACUUAAAUAAGGAAUUUAUGGCACAAAACUAUAAACAGGGUAUCAAAAUGUUGUAGGUGCUUUAACGCCACCUUGGUGCUUCACAUUAAUAUGAGGGUAUUUCAAGACAACAUUUAUGAUCCAUAUCAAGGGGACAUUCUCCACUCGUCCCUUGUUUACACUGUGGAUAAAUGAGAAUGGCGUAAACAGAGGUUUAUGUGGUCCAGAAUUGAUUGCUGUACCCAGGUAGAACUGCAGCCUCUCCCACGUCGGCCAAAGACUGGACACAAUGUUUUACAGAUGUUUCUGUGGCCACAGAGCCACAAACAUGUUCUCAUAAACUGGUGAAGUCGUCUAACAAGAGGACAGAUAGUUAAGAAAAUUCAGGUUUUGUUUUCUUUAGCUGAAGCUUGGCUCCUUAAGUAUAUCUACCAAGGGACACCCUUUGUCCACACUUGUAUUCUUAGGCAUAGGAGACAGCCCAAACUCUUACAAUUUCCUCACCACUUUGGUCCUGUGUGUUUAGAUUUCUCUGGAGCUGAAUACACCUUAACUCCUUAUGGUCCCUCAAACUUACCACAUGAUGAUCUUGUUGUUACCCAACUGGAAACAGAAACUGCCAAGAAAAACUGAAAUUUAGACAUAACCAGAAAUCUUACUGAGGCUGAGUUUGAAUGUAUUAUCAACACACUGAAUAUGAUGACACAAAGGGCUAGUUUGGCAAAUCUCAGGCAAAAUAAAUAAUGAAUUGUCAGCAGCCUUCAACAUCAGCCCUAUUGUCACUAUCAAGUGUAAUGUAAGAGGAUUGAGUACACUGAUUUCGAUUUAGCAUGUAGCAAAUGGCUCAACCAAAAAUAUAUUAAUUAUGAGUAUGAACAAAAAGAACCAAAAUACUGUAAAUAUUAAAAUAUAAAUGUAUUUAUAAUGGUGUCAUGCGCAAGAUGGGUAACAUGCGCCAUAAUAACUGUGUAAAUCAGGC